GCGUAAUUUGCAAUUUUAUGAGAUGAUGACACCACAAGAAGAGCAAGAAAAGUUGUUGGAGGAGGCACUGGCCAAUGUGAGGAACCAAUCAUUCCAAAUGAAACGAUGCCUGGAUAAAUCUAAAUUAAUGGAUGGACUGAAACAUGCAUCAAACAUGCUUUCUGAGCUGAGAACCUCUAUGCUGUCUCCCAAGAGUUAUUAUGAAUUAUAUAUGGCCAUCACAAAUGAACUUUUGCAUUUGGAGGCCUACCUGCUAGAUGAAUUCAACAGAGGAAGGAGGGUUGCAGACCUUUAUGAACUGGUGCAGUAUGCUGGAAACAUCAUUCCAAGAUUGUACUUACUGAUUACAGUUGGAAUAGUUUACAUAAAAUCUAACGAGCUGUCUCGUAAGGAUGUCCUGAAGGAUCUCGUUGAGAUGUGCAGGGGCGUGCAGCAUCCUUUGAGAGGACUAUUUCUCAGGAAUUAUCUGUUGCAGUGUGCUAAGAAUGUCCUGCCUGACGUUGAUGACGUCGAAGAAGUUGAGGACGUGGUGGUCGCUUCGCAUGCAGCUCCCAGAGCUAUAGCUGGCCUCAACAAGGUCAUCACUGGAAACAUUGACACAGACUCAGGAACCAUUAAAGAUUCCAUCUCUUUCAUCCAGUUGAAUUUUGCGGAAAUGAACAAGUUGUGGGUGCGCAUGCAACAUCAGGGACACACGAGAGAUCGUGAAAAGAGAGAACAAGAAAGGAGGGAGUUGAGGAUUUUAGUAGGAACCAAUCUGGUUCGUCUCAGUCAGCUGGAAAGUGUCAAUAUUGAUCUGUACACCAAGUUGGUUCUUCCAGGAGUUCUGGAGCAAGUAGUUAGUUGUAAGGAUGCCAUUGCACAGGAAUAUCUAAUGGAAUGUAUCAUCCAGGUGUUCCCGGAUGAAUACCAUCUACAGACACUUUCCAGCUUCUUGCAAGCAUGUGCGGAGUUGCAUGCUGAUGUCAACAUUAAAAAUAUACUGAUUGCUUUUAUCGACAGAUUAGCCGUAUUUAUAAACAAGGGAUCAACAGACUGUAACCUGAAAGACACCUAUCGGCUUUUUGAUGUCUUCUCACAGGAAAUUUCAACCAUAUUGCAGAACCGUACAAAUACCCCGAUAGAAGAUGUAGUUUCCCUUCAGGUUUCACUCAUCAACCUCGCCAUCAAGUGCUACCCGGAAAAGAUCGAUUAUGUUGACAAAGUACUCGAAACCACAGAUGAAAUUUUUCAUAAGUUAAAUUUAGAUCAUGUCGAGGCAAGUACAGCGGUCUGCAGAGAGCUGUCGCGUUUGCUGAAGAUUCCUGUAGAUUCAUAUAACGAUGUCCUUCGCUUGUUGCAACUCGAACAUUACAUUGCUCUCCUCGAUUACCUUGAUUAUGCACCACGCAAAAGUGUUUGCUGCCACAUUGUCCAGAAUAUAUUAGACAACGAGACCAUCAUCAUGAACCCAGAACAGGUCGAGAAAGUUUUAACCCUGCUGUCUCCGUUGAUCCAGGAUCAGACUGAUCAGUCGGAUCAGUUUGAUGAGGAAGAUUUCAUGGAGGAACAAAAUUACAUAGCAAGGCUGAUUAACCUCAUUCAAGCUCAGAAUCUCGACCAACAAUAUUUGGUGUUGAGUCUUGCUCGAAAGAUAUUUGGCAAUGGAGGGAACAUGAGGAUCAAAUACACGAUGCCUCCCCUCGUGUUUGCUGCAUACAAACUUGCUCUUGCAUACAAUGACUUCAAAUCAAUGGACCCAAAGUGGGAUAAGAAAUGUCAAAAGAUUUUCCAACUUUGUCACCAAACAAUCGGAGCACUCAUUAAAGCCGAACUAACUGAAUUGGCAUUAAGGCUAUUCCUGCAGGGAGCACUGACGGUGUCUCAGAUACCUUUUGAAGAUCAUGAGACAGUUGCAUAUGAGUUCAUGUCCCAAGCAUUCACUUUGUACGAGGAAGAGAUAGGAGAGAGCAAGGCUCAGUUGAAUGCUAUUGUCCUCAUCAUUGCUACUUUAGAAAAGAUAGCAUGCUUUUCUGAGGAAAAUCAUGGCCCAUUGAGGAACCAAUGUGGUUUCUCUGCGGCAAAAUUACUGAAGAAACCUGAUCAAUGCCGUGCAGUGUUAACAUGUUCACAUAUAUUCUGGUCAUCAAAAAUCAAAGAUAAAGAUGGACAAGAGAUGAGAGAUGGGCCGAAGGUAAAUGAAUGUCUAAAAAAAGCUAUCCGCAUAGCUACCAGCUGCAUGGAUAAGACAGUACAGCUUCAGUUGUUUGUUGAAAUAUUAAACAAGUACAUUUACUACUACGAGAAAGGUUGUGACGAGGUCACCCCGCAUGUUCUCAUUCAGCUGAUCAGCAAAAUUCGAACUGAUUCUGAGGUGCUUGAGGCCGGCGAUGAACUCGACCAAAUAAACAAGCACUUCACCAAUACCAUUCUUCAUCUUAAGGAGGUCAAAAAAGCCAGAGAAGAUUCUGACCUCAGUCUCUCUCUUUGUAACGUCACUUUGAAAUAAUUCCCUUGCUUAUAGUAGAUGUUGAUUUUUUACAUUUUAAUUUUUUCACUAGUGUUGUUUUUUCUGCAAGUUAAUGAAAUUAAAUUAUUUUUUGUAAU